AGCUCCUUGAAAACACUUAAUCUGAGCAGUAAUUACUUAGUUGGGGAUAUUCCCCAAAGCAUAGGCAAUCUGCAAGAUCUCGAGUAUCUUGACCUGUCAGCAAACAAUCUGUCAGGAGGAAUUCCUGAAUUGCUUGGAAAUUGUUACGAUUUAAUAAGCUUGAACUUGAGUCACAAUGCUUUAUCAGGCAAGAUACCAUCACAACUCAGAGACUUGGAAGAGCUUCGGUUAUUGUUGGACCUUAGUAGCAACUCCUUCUCUGGUCCGAUUCCACAGCUUGACAAGCUUGUAUCCUUGCUAUUCUUGAAUCUUUCCCAUAAUCAUCUCACAGGGAUGAUCCCACAUUCAUUAUCUAAGAUGAUUGGCCUACAGUUCCUCGAUAUUUCCUAUAAUAGCCUUUCGAGUUCAGUCCCUAGUGACAAAUUUUUCCAACGUGGGUUGUUCAUAGGAAAUCCUGAUCUCUGUGGAAUUGCAUUAGGAUUAACCUCCUGUGAUCACAGGUCUCACAAAAAGCACAAGGAUGUGCUAAUUGCAAUCUUAGUACCAGUUGUUUCCCUUUUGCUUAUUGCAGCAUGUGUAGUGAUACUGCUGUUAUGUUGCCCAAUGAAAAAGCAGAACAACGCUCACACAGGAAGCACAUAUAUGGGUAAUCUGGAGUCUCUUAUAUUUAAGAUGGAAGGAAGAUUCAGAUUUGAAGAUGUCAUUACAGCUACCGAGGAUUUUAAAGACACGUAUUGUAUUGGGAGAGGCCGGUUUGGAAGUGUAUAUCGAGCAUCUUUGUCAUCAGGUCAUACUUUUGCUGUUAAGAAGCUUAAUAUAUCAGGAUCUAGCAACUUUCUCUUGACAAAUAGACAUGGCUUUGAGCAAGAGAUAAAAGCAUUGACAGAGAUAAGGCACCGGAAUGUAGUCAAAUUAUGUGGUUAUUGCUUCACAAAGGGCUCAAUGUACUUGGUCUAUGAUUAUGCUGAAAGGGGAAGCUUGGGGAAAGUGCUGUACAGUGAAAUGAGCUCAGUGGAACUAGAGUGGGAUAAAAUAGUGGCUAUUGUAAGAGGGUUAGCUCAUGCAGUUGCUUACUUGCACCAUGAUCGUACUCCUCCCAUUGUUCAUCGUGACAUAUCCAUAAAUAAUGUCUUGCUUGAUUAUGAUUUUGAGCCUUGGCUAUCAGAUUUUGGCACUGCAAAACUUCUCAGCUCAGAUGCAUCCAACUGGACCUCAAUAGCUGGUACAUAUGGAUAUAUGGCCCCAGAACUUGCUCUGACAAUAAAAGUGACAGAGAAGUGUGAUGUUUAUAGCUAUGAAUAGUGGCUUUAGAAGUUAUGAUGGGAAAACAUCCAGGAGAACUUCUAUCUUCAUUAUCGUUUUCAGCUACAAAACACGAAGUUUUGUUAAAAGACAUUUUAGACCAACGUAUGUCACCACCUACAGGCCGAGUAGCAAAGGAAGUGGUGACAGCAGUCAGAUUAGCUUUGUUAUGUGUUAGUAUUGAACCAGCUUCAAGGCCUACAAUGUGCUAUGUGGCUCAACAAUUGUCAGCUCGAACAAACAAUCAGAUGUCAGAGCCUUUUGGAGCCAUUACACUUAAUUGUAUGUUAAGUCAUCAAAGUUGAAGAAUCAUACAUCUUACAAAAGGAGUUGGUGUAUAAAAUUAUAUCCCACAAAUUAAUAAAAAGUUCAUACAAUGGGAGAAUCAUGAGAGAUAUAAGUACUCAAUGCAUAAUAAACUAACAUAAACUUGAAUGCUCUGAGAAAGCUAAAAGUAUCCUUAGAGCAAAAGGAAAGAACCACUCAACUUGUGUGCAAUUCAACUAACAUUUUGAUAUCAAAGUAGCUCAAUUAUCAACAAUAUUUGGGGAGUAUUAGAAAGACAACAGUAAAAUAAGGAUAAGUGUCCUCAUUUUAUUUGUUAGCUUAUUUUUAAGAGCAAGAAUAAGUAUAACGAUUAUAUAUUAAACAGUUGUUCAUAAAUUUUUUUAAACAAUCACCUUCAUUUUCUUCUUUCUCCUUC